GAAGCUUGUCAGGAAGAAAGAGCUGCUGUGUUGAGGCCGAAAACUCAGACACACAAGCAGGACCUGGGUGAUACCGGACUUACCCCCGUGGAAGGGAUAUAACUCUGCUCCACCGGACAGUAGGAAGUGGUUUUAAUUGACCGGCGGAGCUCCGACCGAGUCCCCGGGUUUCAGCUACGGAGGCCGCCGCGGGUCCGCUGCUCCCCGCCGCCUGUGUGUCGCUGACUGCUGCUCACAUUCAUCCAGACCCUGGUAAUGCUAUUGAAAGGAGACACAACAGACACCACAAAACCUGUGUGAGAUUUGAGUGUGAGGAAGGCGAAGGGCUCAGCUGUUGCUGCCGGUAGCCAUGGCUAACAGCUGAGGCUGCUGCCCGGUAAACAUCCCGCUACAGACCCAACUACAAGAACAACUCAGCGGCGGAACAUUGUCUUAUUUUGCGCAAGAACUGUCACCUGCACUCUCGUUUUGAAGAAGCGAUUUAUUCCUGGGGAUUUAUUUGAUUAAGGACAUCUAAAAGUCUCUGCAUCAGUGCGAUGAAUCAGCCUGGACAACAGCUGCUCCCCACAUAGAGGUCACUUCACCUCUCUUUCCAUUUGCUUUGGUCCAGAGGAUGCUGGGAAUGUGUCGUGGGCGCAGGAAGUUCCUGGCGGCUUCUCUUGCCUUGUUCUUCAUCCCAGCACUCACCUGGCUUUACCUGUCAGUCGGGAGCUUUCAAGUGAAGCCCCUCCCCUUGUCUCCAUUGGAAUCCCAAUCAUCGACGACGGUGGGUGGAGCCGUUGAUCGGCAGGCCUUAGAGCUGCGUGUCCGGGCUGUGGAGGAGGAGAACCGGGCGCUGCGCCGGGAGCUGAGCCGCCCCCCCAGGAGCCCGUCUGCACGCCUCCAGAACGCUGGUCACCGUGGCAACCAGAGCCGAACCCAUUCAGAGGAGGGCACCGGCGAAAAUGAGGGGCAGAAAGCUGGUACAGCGGGAAACAACUCAGACUGUGUGCAGCAGCCAGUGGUGGAUAAGUGCGAGCUGUCACUCACUUUCAGUCCUCGGCUGCAGCCAGGCACUGUUCAAGGCCGGGGGAGAGCAGAGCGCCGUCAGGAAUGA